CACAAACAAUUGGAUCUCAUUUCAUUUGAAAAAAAAGUCAGCCAUUCGGAAGGAAAAAAAGGAAAAUACUCCAAAACUAUAAAACAGAGAAAUCAAAACCAACCAUUUUCUAAAAGAUAGACACCAAAAGAAUUCCUCCAUGGCAACAGCAGCAGCAGCUUCAUCUUACAUAAUGUUUUCUAUGGUGGGUUGGAAAAAUGGCAAACAAAACACAAAACACACACUCAGAUUUCCCAUCUCAGCUCAGCUCAAUGAAGCUGCAGAGCAACUAAAAGUUGGAGACCAGGAAGAAGAUCAAGAACAGGCAACGCCGAAACCAUCGCCGCUGCGACCCGUCGAAGUACAACAGAAUGUGAAGAGCAAAAACAUGGGAAGAGAGUAUGGAGGACAAUGGCUUAGCAGUGUGACAAGACAUGUAAGAAUAUAUGCAGCUUACAUUGACCCGGUUACUUGUGAGUUUGAUCAAACUCAAAUGGAUAAACUUACUCUCAUUUUGGAUCCAAGUAAUGAGUUCCUUUGGAAUCCUGAAACUUGCAAUAAAGUCUAUGCUUACUUCCAAGAGCUUGUGGAUCAUUAUGAGGGAGCUCCAUUGACAGAAUAUACACUUAGGCUAAUAGGUUCAGACAUAGAACACUACAUAAGAAAGAUGCUUUAUGAUGGAGAAAUCAAGUACAAUAUGAAUGCAAGGGUCCUCAACUUCAGCAUGGGAAAGCCAAGAAUUAUGUUCAAUGCCAACGAUCUACCUCAGGAUGAUCUACAAUCACAAUGAAUAUUUUACAAAUGUAAUUAAAUGUUGUCUUCCAAAUAGAAUCAUAAAUAUUAUUCACUUUCGUCUCA